AUGGAGGUGUUCGAAACUCUAAGAGAUAUCUCGGGCACCAGCUAUCAGGAAGAGACCUUCGUUGGUCAGGGGGAAACCAGCGCAUUGAUGCUCAUUCUUAAUCAAGUUGAUGCACAAGCUGUCCUGCCAUCCUCACUCGAACUUGCGUUCACGCUGCCUAUGCCCCAAGCCGACCCUAUACUCUCCCUCUCCUCCGUGAUUUCCACCUACAUGCAUCGUGCUAGGCACACUUAUUCAUCGCUCUAUUCUCAUUUGGGGCAACUUGAGGACAUCGACGUACUUUCGUCGUUUUUCGACUCGACAGAAGACUCUGCUUUCGCAGCCGUGGAACUUACUAAGCUCCAAGAGCUUCGCGAAACUCAUGGCUCUUCUAGCGACGAGUAUACCCAUUUGGUCAAUGACGUUCGCUCGUUUUUGGAGCGCGUUGUCGAUGCCGCUGAGCUUAAUCUCGCAAUCCUUACAUUCGAUUCAUCUUCGUCAUCCUCGUUUGAGAGACGCCAAGCUCAACCUCUCCAAAGCCAAUCUCCUUUUCCAAACCCUCCCGCGCAGCAACCUAUUGGCUCGGUCUCGACGUGUUUCACGACUCUAGAUAUCUGCAAUAAUAGCACAACUUCGUGUUCUGGGAGGGGACAGUGCGUUGAGGCCUCUAAAGCUGGACGGACAUGCUUUAUCUGCACUUGCGGCGUGACUAAGACUGGCAAGGGAAGUAAAGUCAAGACGGAAAGAUGGGCUGGUCAGAGCUGCGAGCGAAAAGACGUCAGCGGACCCUUUGUGUUGCUGACAGGCACCGUUAUUGCGAUGAUUCUACUGGUGGUUGGAUCUGUGACCUUGCUGUACAGCGUCGGCGACCAAGCAUUACCAAGCAUUCUCUUAGCCACUUCUGUGAGCGUGAAGAAGGAUUAA